GAAGAUAACGAGACGUAACGCAUCACUGACGAAGCUGCGGGGAGAGGGAAGGACGACUGCAGCAGCCGCAGAGGAAGGAAGGUCGAGUCUCCAUCAAACUCCGUCACCUCGGGCCGCGAAACCCGGACUACAGUCCACCCUCUCAAACAUCCUCACCCACUGCAUUUCAGUUUCUCUUUCUAGGGUUCCUCUUUUUUGACGUCAGAGCUUUAGAAUUCGCACUUUUGGAGGCCCACCGGUGAACGAUUGUCUUCUUCUUCCCACUCUGACUCCGCCCUGAUGGACGCUCAGCUCUGAUCCUCAGCUGUUUCGCUCUGUCUCAAUCGUCCCCUCUGGCUUUAUACAUAUAUAUGGAACAGUGACUAAACGAGAGCUAAUGCUGCUGUGGCUGUGCCUCAGUGGAACACCCACUGCUAGCCCUUUCCCCCUCUUCUUUGGCCUCUUUCUCAGCUCCCUUCUCUCUCUCUCUUCCUUAUAUUUCUUCCUUUUCUCUUCACAUUCGCCUUUUCCAAUUCCAUUAUCCUUCACCUUCAAUUCUCUCUCCCUUUUGUGGCUUCUACAGAACUGGGUUUCUGCCCUUUGUUCCUUUUCUCUCUUUGUUUCCACUGAAUUGGUUCUGUUUUGCUGAGGAGGCUCGUACUUACCACUAUCAGUAGAUGCUAGUAAGUGCUAUAAAUGAUGCACAUACAAAAUAUUGGUUUGUCCUUGGAGGUUUGAACUCAACACUGAGUACAGAGAUGCUCUAUAUUUGUGAAGGAAUUGAAUAGAAACCUUACUUUGAACCUUAUCUCAUGGCCACUUCCAAUGGAGGCUUUCUUCAAACUGAUUCAUCAACGCCACCACCAUCUCUUCCUCCAUGGCUUUCAAACUCCAACAGCAGCUCAUCGCUCCGACCGCCUUCCCCGUCCGUCACCUUAACACUCUCUUCCCCCACAGUUCCAGCCUACUCUCCCAUCCCCUGGCUGCAGCAGCCAGAGAGAAUCCCAGAAACCAUGCCUCUUGUGUUAGGCAACAUAGCACCUCAAAUGACCAUGCCAUCGUGUGGUGGAAGCCUCUUCGCUUCAGAGCUCGUCGAAUGCUGCCGAGAGCUCGAUGAGGGCCACCGUGCUUGGGCAUCGCACAAGAAGGAAACAGCAUGGAGGUUAAGGAGACAGGAGCUGCAAUUGGAAUCAGAGAAGGCCUCCCGAAUUCGACAAAAGAUGGAGGAGGUUGAAGGGAAAGUGAAGGCUGUUAGAGAAGAAGAGAAGAUUGCUUUGGAGAGGAUUGAAGCUGAGUAUAAGGAGCAAUUGGCUGGGUUGAGGAAAGAUGCAGAGGCCAAAGAACAGAAGUUAGCUGAGCAAUGGGCUGCAAAACACUUGAGCCUCACCAAGUUUCUUGAACACAUGGGCUGCAGAACUAAAAUUUCAGAGUCCAGUGGGAGGUGAGAAACCAAAAGUUUUGGAAUUGGCUUUGAAUUUCUUCAUGGGAAAUCCCUCCUUCAAUAUCUAUUGACAUCUGAAGUCAUGCAUCAAUGUCCUAUAUAUUUGCUUUGUAAUCAGAAGUUUGUUGUAAUGAAUUCUUGCUCUGAGUAACAACGACUUUGAUAGGACAUCA